AUGGUCUGCCGGAAGAACUUAGACAGCACAACAGUAGCCAUCCAUGAUGAAGAGAUGUACUGCAAGUCGUGUUAUGGAAAGAAGUAUGGUCCUAAAGGAUAUGGCUAUGGCCAGGGAGCAGGCCCUCUCAACAUGGACAGAGGGGAAAGGGUGGGCAUCAAGCAUUGCAACACACCAUCCCAGCGACCUACAACAAGUCCAAAUACUUCAAAAUUUGCCCAAAAAUUUGGUGGAGCAGAGAAGUGUUCCAGAUGUGGUGAUUCUGUAUAUAGAUCUGAGAAAGUAACAGGAGAAGGAAAGCAUUGGCACAAAAACUGUUUUCCAUGUGCCAAAUCUGGCAAAAGCCUUGAAUCAACAACUCUGACAGAGAAGGAUGGUGAAAUUUAUUGCAAAGGUUGCUAUGCAAAAAAACUUUGGCCCCAAAAGAUUUGGAUAUGAGCAAGGAGCUGGAGCUCUUGUUCAUGCUCAAUGAUUGCUUCAUUCCCAUUCCACCAAGAUGGUUCUUAGUUAGU